AUGGCGCGUGUAGCAUCCAGCACCAUCGGUCUCCACAGACUUCCGACACACCCACUCCGAUCCGGCCACCUUCCCCACCUUGUAAAACCCUUUGUCCUCCGCCCUCCCAGAUAUCCCUCUUAUCAAACAAUAAGUUGUUGCCAAACCAGACCUAAUCCCACUGAUGUUUCUUCAUCCCAAACCUCGGAAAAAGUUGUUGCAGAGCCAUCUGUAUCGGAAAAUGGGAGUACCAAUAGCUCCCCUCUGGCGGAGGAGGCGGCUGGUUCCUCCGGUGGGAUUAAUGUUGUUGGGCUUCCGGAUUAUCCGGACAAAAGCUUCAACAAAAGGAUUGCAAUAGCUUCUGUGGUUGCUGCAGUGGGACUUUUCCUGUCUACAAGACUCGAUUUUGGUGUUUCUUUGAAGGACCUCUCUGCGGUGGCUUUACCAUAUGAAGAGGCCCUUUCCAAUGGGAAGCCAACUGUUGUUGAGUUUUAUGCGGAUUGGUGUGAAGUGUGUCGAGAAUUAGCUCCUGAUGUUUACAAAGUGGAGCAACAAUACAAGGAUCGAGUAAAUUUUGUGAUGCUGAACGUUGAUAAUACAAAGUGGGAACAAGAGCUUGAUGAGUUUGGUGUCGAGGGCAUUCCUCAUUUUGCAUUCCUGGAUAACCAGGGAAAUGAGGAAGGCAAUGUUGUAGGGCGGCUACCAAAGCAGUAUCUGCUUGAGAAUGUAGAAGCCCUCGCACGUGGCGAUGCAUCAAUACCUCAUGCUCGUGUUGUCGGUCAAUUUUCAAGUGCUGAAUCCAGGAAGGUGCAUCAAGUAGCUGAUCCAAGGAGUCAUGGUUAG